AUGACCUCUGUGGAGGCAGCAUCGCUGCCCUCAUAUGACGAUCGCACAGGCUCUGCGGCUGGCGUCCGCCAUGAUCGGUCCGAGAGCGUGACCAAGUCGCUUCUCUCGCGGGGAAGCCGCAUCCUUCGUCGUCAGGGAUCUAAGUUCCACAUUGUCUCCACGCUGGACGAGGAGGACGAAGUGGAGCGUGAGAAACCUCGCUUCGAAGUCUCGGAGAUCUUCAGCCGCAACAGCAAGUCACGCCAGAGUGAUGCGCACGACCAACUGAAGAGCCUUAUCUCGGAUCCUUUUGACUUCCACCAUCUGACUCAUACGAGUCCGUCUCAGUUCCAGUCAUUGGAAAGGGCCCGGGAAACCGACCUAGUCACGGAGUUCUCUGCUAUCCGUGCCUCUCAAAGACCCGUCACCAACCUGAAAGGCAUUCGGGCUGAGGAUCUGCAUUUCCGUGAUUUUUCAUCAGAGGAUCUCAGCCAGUGCGGGACAGCCAUCGGCUGUGACGAAGUCGUGUCGCCUCCGCCAACAAGCCCACCAGCAUCACCAAGCGGUUCCUCCUCCGUGAGUCCAAAGCAGCUUCGAGCACGAAGAGAAUCGCGUGUCGUUGAGAACUUUUCACGGCCCGUCCCAAGGUAUCCUAAACCGGGAUCGACGACCCCGCCGCCGCCGAGGGCCUCGUCUCCGAGAUUGGCAUCCUCUCCCGAGCUGCCCGAGCCAGCUCCUCGCGCCAUUGACGAGAUCCUGGGUCUGUCGACCCAGCCAACCUAUCCCGAGCAUGUGUACUCACAUGCCGAUGAUGUAGAACCUGGCGCAUCUUGGUCUCAGAGCCAUAUGGAAGACAUGUUCCAUCCUCCCUCAGGUAAUGUCUUUACAGCCACCGUCAGCAAUGAAGCGCUGAAUGCUCGCACCUCAUCAAUGUCCCUGCCGACUCUAUCGUCGGACUUGGAAGAUGUGCCGGAAGAAGAGGAGCCCGCCGUUUGGCAUGAUGACGAAAUCUCCCCUCGUGCGCCUGCUCGGGCGAUCUCCUCACCUUUAGCUGAGGCGCGAUCCCCUUCCAUCACUUCCACGACGGGGGCUAGGUCUGAGCUGUCCAUUUCUGUGGCUGAAGACUUGUCAAGGAAAUUUGCUGAGGCACUCGGGUCCCCUACCCUUCCACAGCAUCGUCUGGCCACGAUUGCACCGCCGCAAGCACCCACAGUUCAAGAGCCAGUUCGAAGACGCUCCUCUCUCAACCUGAAAGCCAUCCAGGAGACCAUCUAUGAGUCAUGGGAUGCGGACAUUGACUACUGCUAUGAGCAUGCUGCCGAGUCGAACUGCAACUUUGACUGGACUCGCAAUUCGCUCGACGAACCGCGGCAGGAGGAAGCGGAGGUUACCGUGACUGGACCGCAUGGGAGCAAUGCGUUGCUUGGGUCAAUGCAUCUGAACGCCUCGGACUUGACCGCCGCGGACCUGGACCCUGUAACCAACUCGCACGUAGUUGUGACGUCCACUCUGGACGAUGAUCCUGGCCUAGCCGCCACGCAGAGGGACAGCGAUUACUUCCAGCCGGUGAGGUUCGCUCCCACCUUGGGCAAACACAUCAACCCUGAUUCGCUGUACGAAGAAUACUUGACGGCGGAUGCAGAAUCAGACCGACACUUUGCCUUCUACUCGCAGCCGGGUGUGAUCCAGCCUUUGGACCACUCGGUGUCUCCCCGCAGCAGCUUUUCGCCCAUCAGCAAAUGUAACUCACAGGAAAGUUUGAUCUUGUCCCGUGCCGCGUCUGUCGUCCGCAAGCACCGGUCCUCCGUUUCGACUGCCAGCGUCCCCGACCUGGUACACAGUCUAGCAAGCAGCCGCGAGUUCCAGCCAUCUGAGCAGAGGCUCUCCGGCGAACUCUCCGGUGUGGGACGCCCCGAAUCCUCCCACCAUCGGCAGACCAAGAGUCUGGCACGCGAGCUCGAAGCUCAACUUCUGUUCCGAGCUGAUGGCGACGGAAGUCCCGAGCCUGCCGGGUAUGCGUCGACUGGGGCCCCCUCCAUCCACGAUCGGGCCAGGUCCACGACUGAAAUGGAGGCGGGUCCGUUGAUCGCCAGGGCUAUCAAGAAUGACGCUGCCUCUCGGGCCGCGCCUCGGCGGAAAGGCAGAGCGUCUUACUCCCUCUUCCCUACCACUGCAGCCAAUUGA